AUGCCAACCGCAUCCUCGUCUCUUCUCCGCCUGGCCUUGUGCCUGGCCACACUCAUUGUCGUCGCUUCGGCAGAUGGGACGGGCAUCUGGGCAACGCCCCACGACAGCUACUCGUCUUCCAUUGGCGUCCUGGGAUGCAAGAUCAACACGAACCGCGUGGCCUACUGGCCAAUGAGCGUCGAUUGUAACAACAUCUGCGUCAAGCUCAGCUACGGCGACCGCUCCGUUCACCUGCUGCGCAUUGACCAGUCCGGUGGCGCGUACGAUGUCAGCUACGACGCGUGGAACUACCUGCAGACGGGCAAGUCCGCCUCCAAGGACCCAAUCGCCGGUGGCGCCGUGGCGAUGACCUAUGAAAACGCGUCCGCGUCCGACUGCAAGGACUUGAUCCACACGGACGGGCUGCCGCUCAGCGCCGCUAAUAGCAUGAACUACGUUGCGAGCUGCUUGGAGGAUUCGGACAGCUGGGUUGGGAAGAAUUAUGCAUUGUAUAAUAUCGCCGACUCCGUGUGCUCGUUGGGCUAUGAUGAGAAAUGUAAGCUGGACUGGGCGUCUGGGCAGAACCAGGCCACUUGUGAUCACACGCUUGGCUCGCAGGCCGAGCUGAAGUCGGAUCCUGUAUAUAAUAUUCGAUACCCGACCGGAGAAAAGGUCUUGGCCUCUACUAACCAGGUUGUAGGUAGUGGCGCAGGGAGCGUUCGGGGCGAUGUGGCGCGGUUGAGUUUGUGGCGAGCAGAGAUGCUCACAGGCUUUGCGGUCUUCUGUCUUAUUCGUAUAUGUUUGUGGUAA